AAAGUGGCAAACGUCAGACUGACGGAGCUAAAACAUACUAGGUAUCCUUGGCCUCUCAGAAUGGAGUCGAAUGAUCAGAAGACGCCGUCUACAGAUGCAUCUGUCCAUCGCAAACUCUAAAGUACUUGCGAGAGCAAAGCGAGAGUCCAGACCGACAAACUCAGAUGGCAAACCUCGCAUCGGAUCCAGACAUCCAGACCCAGCAACCCACCGAGUCGGAGCCGAAAACAAAGGAACCGUGGGGAAAUUGGGACUUCUGGCCGCCGACUGUAGGCCAAUCAGGGAUCAUCCUCGGGCCAGUCUGGGCCUAAAAGCAUUGUAAUUUUGGUGCGACGAACACACCAUCGUUCCCAGUCCCCCGCCUGCUAAGCCUCGCAAUGGCUUUUUCAUAAAGUCCUCGUCAUUCCCCCGUUAAUUUCGGUGGACCUGCUCCGCGCGAUGGAAUCUUGUCUCGACUGAGGUGGUUCCUGAUCGACUGCGAUGGGAAACCCAAAUCUUAUCAGUGGCCCCGGGGAGGUUCUGGGUCCCGACACUGAUGUCUCCGCUCCGGACCGUCAACAACAAGAGCCAGGUCCGGCAGCGAAGAGUGCUGCGGCCCCGAAGAUUCCCAAGAAACGCACCAAAACGGGAUGUCUAACCUGUCGGCAGCGACGUAUCAAAUGCGGGGAAGAGAAACCUAUCUGCAGCAAUUGUAUUAAAUCGAAGCGUGAAUGCAAGGGAUACGCUCAACGCUUGAUUUUCAAGAAUCCGCUUGGAAUUUCCGGUUCUUCCGAUUCUCAGGCGUCUAACACUCAAAUUCCGUCGGUGCCUGCCACCCUACCGCUCCCGAGCGGCUGCGAUGCUCCCGCAUUCUCUCAACAGAGACCACCCGGCUCGCACCAUCCUGUCUUGGCUCCAAGACCAUCUGCUCUGCCCACAUUAGAGCAGACGCAUUUAUCGGCAGCUUUUGCGCCGCAACAAGGUGGUUCCCCGGAGGCCGACGCAGUGCCCUUGUAUUAUUCUCCGGCCCGCAAUUAUGGCUCUUCCAUACCCAACCCUUCGACUACGCAAAGAACACCAGUUUCGUUGGCAGGUUAUCACGAACCAUCGCGAGAACUACCAGCGAAUUUCGAUGGGACCUACCAGCAGCAGGCUAACCUACCGCCCCUUUCAGCUCAACGGAAUACUAGGGCCAGUGAGGGAACCGGUGGCUGGGUUUCUUCCUACUGCACUCAUAGUUCGUACGAUGAACACCAAAGCAACCCCGUAGGAGGACCAAGAGUUCCCGGGUAUUCACAGAGCUCGGACACCGCACCACAACCAGGCUUUCCACAACUGGAGACAAAUCAAGCACAGCAACAGUUACAUGGCUACCAAUCAAUAUCUGCGUCACUGUCGCCCUCCCAGUAUGACGAAGAAGGUGAUGAUUACUAUGACGUCGAGUCGGAUGAGGAGUUGGAAGACCCAACAACCGCCGAAAACUUCAACCAGUUAAGUCUGAUCAUGGCCUCUGCGAACCGGGAUCAACGGCAGCUUCGUUCUUUUACCACCUAUUUAAACGAGCCGAACCUCCUCGCCUCGUAUCUCCCUACUUUGGGAUCGUCACCUUUAAACAAUCCCAAAACAGCUAGAAUUUUCCUCCACUUCAUCCAUUCCACGGGGCCUACCUUGUCAGUCUUCGAGCGACAUCCGGUUGAUCCUUCUACUAUGUUUGGUGCACCUGUGUCGCCGGCACAGCAAGGUUUGUGGACGUACACAUUACCUUUCAAAGCACUGGAACAUCAAGCCUUGCUGCAAACCAUUCUUGCCGUCAGCAGUUUGCACAUCGCGUAUCUACAGCAAGCUCCGCCGACGCUCUCUCUAAGACACUAUCACUUUGCACUCAAAAGGGUCGGUGUUGCUGUGGGUUUACCCACGCGCCGUAAACAGGUUGGGACUCUGGCUGCUGCACUGCUCCUAGCAUACUACGAGGUCAUGAGUGCGGAACAUUACCGGUGGAACAGCCACAUCGCUGGUUCUGCCCAGUUGGUACGCGAGAUUGACUUUGCCAGCAUAACUCGCGACCUUCGUGCGCACCGACGCAAAGUAAAGACGCAAAAAAAGCCAAGAGGCCCGGGAAUGUCUUUUCAGCAAGCCUUCUUGUUCGGGAGCGCCGCAAACGAUGACGACCCAUUCUGUGAGAAAGAAAGUAGCAUAAGUGAGGACCUCAUAGGAUCGUUGGUAGGACGAGCAGUCAAUUAUGAUGACUUUGGACAGGUCGAAGAUGGCACAGGCAGACCUCGUCAGAAACACUUCACCCGGAAAGAUAUCGAAGCGUUUCGGAUCCAGUGUGAUCUCUAUUGGUGGUAUUGUAAACAGGAUAUGCUCCAGAGCCUUAUCAGUGGCAGUGGAUUAUUUUUGCCCUUUUCUCAGUGGAACCAGUGCCCUCCCCGUGCUGCACUCGGGCGCUUGGAUGCCGUCUAUGGAUCAGCAGAUCACCUGUGGCUCCUUCUGGGUCGAUUGACUGAUUUUGGACGUCGCGAUAGGAAAAGAAAGCUGAAGGCCGCUAAAGCUACCGGUACUGACUGGAAACCUGGUCUGGGGCUCUUCAAAUUCAUGGCCAGAUUCGCGGCGGCGCCUUCAGGUAUGCCAAGGGGGCCUCCUCAAAAUGCUCCAUCGGGCACUCCUGCUGCCCGGCCUGGCCAGCACGGCGGAGGAAGCCCGGAAAGCGGAGGCUCUCCCAUGUACGGCAUGGUGCCAUCUAGCGGGCCGAGACAUAUUCCCCCUGCCUUCGCCGAUACGGCAGCUCGACCAGACCGUCCCACCCGAGGUGUGGAGGACGACGAGUCUGGAUCGUAUACCGAGGCCGAAUCCGAGUGGGAGAGCAUUCUGGCCGCGUUCGACACCUUUGCAAAUGCAAUAGGCCCCCAUUUCAUGCCGCUGCCGUCCGACAGUGCUCCACCAAUCUCCACACCGUUCGGUCCAGCCCUUCAGUACCGCACGCAAACGAUUGCGGUAGUGUGGGGAUUUUACUAUACGGGCCUGAUGCUUCUGUAUCGACUGCACCCAUGCAUGCCGCCUGCAAUGAUGGUCGCAGCGGGCGUAGCGGCGCCGGCAACUGCCAAGUACGCACAGAUCGUCGGACAGGUCGCGGCCGGCAUCUAUUAUCCACAGAUCCUCAACAGCGAAGUAGGCCGUCUGAGUCCUACGCUCGGUUCCUGCCUGAUCGAGAUGACCGUGCCUAUCUUCUUCGCCGGCGUACAGUACAUCGAGGCCGCGCAUCGGCAGUGGGUCCUCACUACACUAAACAAGGUUUCCCGUUUAACCGGAUGGAGGUCCUCCGACGCCGUCGCCAACGGAUGCGAACACGCAUGGACGAUGGCUGGGAAACAGGGACGGGGCCCUCCGUACCAGCGUCAAGAAAGGAGGGCCUACGAGCCCUCCCCGAUCUGGGCGCACGAGCCAGCAAACGACAACCCCGAGAGGCGGUUUGUCACGCUGCCGGAACGACCGCCCUCUAGAUGGGCGAUGGGUCUCCUAAGUCUAGAAGAUGAUCUGCUCAAUUUGGAGAUAGCAGAUCGCAUGUAG